CAAGGACAAGUGUCUAUAACAGACAGAACAUUAAGCAUACAGCGUGCAGAUUUCUGACUGCUAAAAAGCUUUCUAUCUCAUUUGGAAUAUAGAUCACAUUUAUAACUCAGCAGAGGAAGCUCUACAGAAGGUACAGUUUAGAUUCCUUUUGCACCGGUCUUGCUACUAGUGUUGCCUGAAUUGGGACUAUGGCAUCUGUUCCAUCAGCUGGUUGCCUCUUAGCAAAAAAUCAGUUCUACAGAGUGCGGCUGAACUCAGAGUCUAGUGUCUGCUCCAGUAAUUCAGACUCCGGACUUCCACCUGAUUUAGAGAAACCUUUGCAAGGAGGUUUGCCAGAGAUGGUUGAAAAAUGUUGGUGGUUGAAAAACUUUUUCCACUGUGAGCAAGUAUCUGUUUCUUCUGUUCAGAUAAACUUGGGCAAUGCCAGGCACCACAGCUGAUUUUACCUCUUUACAAUUGUCCUACAUGCUUCAAUGGAUGACUGGAAAGAAAUGCUACAAGCUGCAUUGUCUGGAAAGAAUUAACUCUGCAUUUCAAGAAGAAAGAACAACGUGAAAAGAAAAAAGAAAAACUUGUAAACCUGAUCAUUUCAAUCACAGCAUCUAAUCAUUCUAAAUAUUUUAUUUUCUUACUGCUCAGUGAGACUGAACCUUGUGUUAUGCAUAUUAACUACCGUGUUUUUCGCCCUAUAGGACGCACUGGCAUAUAAGACGCACCCAAUUUAUAGGUGCAAAAUCUAAAAAUAUAAAGAUU